UGUGGUCAUUCAGGGCAGAAGGAGGCUGGCAGGAUGCGACGACGCUGGGAAAUGCUGUUCUACCGGACCGUGGGGCUAGGUGCAUGCAUGCAACUCACAUGGCUCACGGAAAAGCCAAGAACAGGCAGCGGGUUCGAAAAGCUUGCCACAGAGUUCGCAGAGAUUCCUCUUGCCACGAUGCCAGGAUCGCAAGUGUCCUUAAUUUGCUCUUCUAACAGAGACGUGUUUGUUGAUGAAAUGACCGGCUUGCUGACAAAGAGGGGGCGCAAAUGGAGGCACAGAAUUAGGCCCUUCUUUGGCAUUUGGAGAAAGCUGGGUGUAUGUGCAGAGGUCAGAGGAUAGCUUUCCAUGUCAGUCCUGGGGAUGUCACUCAGGCCAUUAGACUCAUUCUACCUGCUCAGUCAUCUCAUCAGCACAAUAUCUUCAUCUCCUCCUCUUCUUCCUCCUUUUCUGUUUUGUUUUGAGACAAGGUCUCUCUCUGGAGCCCUGGCUGUCCUGGAGCUCACUAUGUAGACCCAGCUGACCUCAAACUCAGAGACUUACCUGCCACUGUCCUCUGAGUGCUGGGAUUAAAAGUGUGUACUGCCACAUCUGGUUUAUUUUUCUUAUAAGUAGAUAUACAUUUAUAUUUAAUAAGCUCCCUAAAAGUAGAUUUAACUUUUUUAUUGUUUAUUUGAGGUAGUAUAUUACUCUGUAGCCUAGAAAGGCCUUGAACUUUCAGUUGUUUGACCUCAGCCUCUUAAGUACUUGGGACCACUUUUUGUUGAAAUUAUAUGUACGAAGAAAAGAUGUUAGGUGCAAAGACACCAAAAUGUUAAGUGAUUAUAACUGAGUAGUUACCAGUAUUAUGGGUAAUAUUUUUAUUUUUAUUUUUUAAUUUUUUUGCAGUAUGAUUACAUUGUUUUCUCACAAUUAGAACAGAUUUAUAACUUGAAAAGUGCAUAAUCAGUAGUAUUCUACUUGUAGUAAAAUUAUGAAUGCAAAUUGAAAAAAAUGGGAAGGAAGUAUAUUGAACUAUUAACAGUCUUUAUAUUAGUUGCUAAGGGAUUGUGGGUAAUUUCUUCUCAUUUUUCUGUAAUAUAGUCUUAUUAUUUUUAUAAUUAAAAUAAAAUGAUACCUAUAAAUAGCAUAUACAAUAUGAUCCAACUUUUGUUAAAAAUUAAUAUGUGCAUAGAAAAACUAAUAGAUUAUUUUGAAAUAUGUUUGUCUUUGUGUGGUAGGGUAUGACUAUUUUUUUCUUUAUAAAUUGUUUCUUCAUUUUCCAAAUUUUCUACAGCUAUCAUGUAUUAUUUUUAAUUGUGAAAAAUAUAAAUAUUUAUAAAGCAGUUUAAUGUUGGAGUUUUUAUGAGAAAAGGGUGCCUAUCUGGGAUUUGCUUUAAAAUAUUUCAGUUUGGGCCAGAGGAGAGUGGGUGGGGGGACAUAGAUCAAAUGAGAAAAUUGUGACUAUAGGUGCAUGAGGUUUCAUUGUGAUGUUUUCUUUGUGAAUGCUUGAAAGUUUCAUAAUGCAUAUUGUUCUUAAAAAAGCCUCUUUCACAAAAACGGUUUCGUUUUAAUUCU